GCGAAUACUUGCACGCAUAUUUCUAACGACCACUAAGUCGCCUGCAAGAAGAAAGAACGGUGUGAUGUCCUCUCUUCUCAAGACCCGAGUGGUCCCAAGCCUUGCGGCCAGGGAUGUAGCCUUUUGUCAUCCGCUGGUCUUUACGACCAGCUCCCAGCGCGUCGCGCGCGCUUCCGGUCAGUCUAGCGCAUUUCCACUGCGCUCUGCAGUUUCGGGCGUCAGCUCUCGCCGUCCCUUCACCUGCCUGGCGGUCGCAGCCUCUGCUGGAGAUGUCUCUGACGGCAGCAGCCACACGGAGAUGAUGCAGACGUUGGUGCUGGGCUCCAUGUUCGCGGGCUGGUACGCAGCCAACAUCGCCUUCAACAUCUAUAACAAGCAGCUGCUCAAGGCGUUUGCCUUCCCGCUCACCAUCACGGAGGCGCAGUUCCUGGUGGGCAGCUGCGUGACGCUGGUGGCGUGGGGCAGCGGCCUGCAGCGGGCGCCCAAGAUCACAUGGAGCACCAUCAAGAACGUGCUGCCGCUGGCCGUGGUGCACACCCUGGGUAACCUGCUCACCAACAUGAGCCUGGGCGCCGUGGCGGUGUCCUUCACACACACCAUCAAGGCCAUGGAGCCCAUCUUCUCCGUGGCCCUGUCCGCGCUGUUCCUGGGCGACCAGCCCUCGCCGCUGGUGCUGGCUACCCUGCUACCCAUCAUCGGGGGGGUGGCCAUGGCCAGCAUGACCGAGGCCACCUUCAACUGGUUUGGCUUCCUGUCAGCCAUGGGCUCCAACCUCACCUUCCAGAGCCGCAACGUGCUGUCCAAGAAGCUGAUGCUCAAGAAGAAGGACAAGGACGGCAAUGCUGAGGCGCCUCUGGACAACAUGGCGCUGUUCUCGGUCAUCACGCUGCUGUCGGCGGCGCUGCUGCUGCCCGCCACGCUGCUGUUUGAGGGCUGGAAGCUCAGUCCCGUGGGGCUGGCGGAAAUGGGCGUGCGCUCGCCCAACGGGGUGCUGGCGCACGCGGCCAUGGCGGGGCUGUGCUUCCACCUGUACCAGCAGGUGUCGUACAUGAUCCUAUCGCGCGUGUCGCCGGUGACGCACAGCAUCGGCAACUGCGUGAAGCGGGUUGUGGUCAUCGCGGCCUCGGUGCUGUUCUUCCGCAACCCCGUGUCACUCCAGAACGCGCUGGGCACGGCCCUGGCUCUGGCUGGCGUGUUUCUGUACGGCACCGUGAAGCGGCAGCAGGCCAUUGCGGCCGGCAAGAAGAUCGCCGCCUCCGAGUAGAGAGAGGUAGCCUGCUGCUGCUGAUGAUGCUAAUGCUAAUGCUGAUGAUGCUGUGUGUUCUGAUUGCUUGACUUGUUUGCUUGCGUGGAUUGUUGGAUGUCGAGAGCCAAAUGGGUGGUUGUGGGCAUGUGUCACGUGCGCGGACGGAGUUGGAAAUAGGCGGCGAUGGCAGCGGCGUGCGUGCAUGAGUGCGUGCGGGAAGGGCGACAAGCAUGGGCAGCCGUGUCUGGUGUGGGUGCAUGUGUGGGUAGGUGGGUGCGUGUGUGGGCGCGGGUGUAGAUGCGCAUGCGCGUAGUGGUUUGCGUGCUUGCGUGUGUUCAGUAUGCAGGCAGUGUGUGUCGUCAUUGGGGGAGGCAGGGGGCAGCCGUACUUUCGGAAACAAUAAUCGCGCAUCGACACACACACAGGCGAUAACAGGGCGCGCAGGCGAGCGGGCGGCGGCGGGUGCUGCUGCACCACGUGCGCCCCUCGCGUGACCGGUGUUCCGAACUCUUGUCCUUCGUCCUUUCUUGGUCUGGUCUGGUCUGGUGCUGGUAUUGGUUUGGGGCCUUGCAUACACGCUUGGAUGAUGACACGGUAACACGCGGACGGCAUUGACGCAGGGUUUGAGGGAGGUGUGCGUGGUGAAGGCGAAGUGAGGGCGUGGCGGCUGCAGUCCCCUGCUGCGGCCUUGAGUGUCCUAGAAUUCGGAAACAACAUGUGUGAGCUUUCAUGCGGUGCAGCGCAUUGUCGUACAUGUUCGGUCUCAGGGAAUGGGUUCACGUGGGGACCGCGUCAGGGCAUGUGGGUGUAAUUUUGUAAUUUUUUUCGUUCUUUGGUUGAGACCUUUACCACGUAUUACUAAUUGCUAUUCCCUAUUGUAGAAAAAUAGGCGGCAGGGAAAACUCGGCUGGAGCGAGAAGCGACCUCGCGAGUCCAUGGACAUCUUGAACAUAAGCGCUGGUACUUAGGACGGUUCUGCCGGUGUUGGCGCAUGCAUGCAAUUUAAACGCGCCGGUGCCCGGUGGUGGCAGCUAUGGUACUUAAGACGGUACACGUUGAUGGCAGGGGCGUACCGUGAGCGUGGUGGGGACAAGGCGUGUACGAGCCCAGACAUUCGGGGCAGCAGCCUUUUUUGCCGGAACUCGUACCUGCCCAGCGCCCGCGCGCGCGUCCCCGCAAGCUCACGCACACACGAACCAGGAAUCACCUGGCGGCUUUUAACUGAGGUCCCGC